CCUCGGUGUGAAUCAUUACCAUCGCCUUAUGACUCUUAUGUAGGUGGUAAACGCCGGUCUCGCAAUUAGAAAAUUCUUCGUACAACAAGUCCUAGUUCUUGCUUCGGUAUUUUCUCCCUUUCCUUCCAAAACUAGGGCAUUUCAUCCCUUGAACGGUUGAACCAGCAAUCCAAGACCGGCAUCAACAACCAUCUUAACCCGGGCCAUUACUUAUUGCGUAUGAGUUAGCGCCGGGACUUGCUCUGUUCGCGACCUGAACCGCCCCUGAAACCUCAAUGCCUCAGAACAGGAUCCUUGUGCUCGGCAGCGGCCUGGUGGCCAAGCCAUGCGUCGAUUACCUGGCCCGAGACGCCAAUAACGAAUUAACCAUCGCUUGCCGUACCCUCUCUGCCGCCGAGAAGUUGGCGGCAGGACUACCCCGGGUGACGGCGCUCGCCCUGGAUGUCAAGUCUCUAGAUCUAGAUACACACGUUGCCGACCACGAUGUCGUCAUCUCCCUCGUUCCCUUCAUCUACCACGCCGAUGUGAUACGCUCGGCAAUCAAGGGCAAGACUCAGGUCGUGACGACGAGCUAUGUGUCUCCUGCUAUGCGAGAACUUGACGCCGCCGCCAAAGAGGCCGGCAUCACCAUCUUGAACGAGGUCGGCGUUGAUCCCGGCGUCGACCACCUGUACGCCAUCAAGACCAUUGGAGAAGUUCACGCGAAGGGAGGCCAGGUAUUGGAGUUCUACUCGUACUGCGGCGGACUUUGCGCUCCCGAAGCUGUCGACAACCCACUCAAGUUCAAGUUUUCGUGGUCCCCCCGUGGCGCCUUACUUUCCCAGUACAACUCCGCGACCUUCUACGACAAAGGAGAAGUAGUCCAUAUCCCGAACACGGGGCUGAUGGCCAAGGCCGUGCCAUAUCAUGUUCUGGACGGAUACUCAUUCCUGGCGUAUCCCAACCGGGAUUCGACGCCAUUCCGCGAGUUCUACAACAUCCCAGAGGCGCACACUGUCAUUCGAGGCUCCUUGCGAUACGAAGGUAACCCGGCUUUGGUCAGAGCCCUCAUCGACCUUGGAUGGCUCGACACCUCCGAGAAACCUUGGCUGAAGGAUGGCAUCACCUGGGCCGAGAUUCAGCAGCAAGCAACGGGAGCAGACUCGCGAGAAGAGCCAGAUCUGAUCAAGAAGAUCGAUGAACUAUGCACAUUUUCCUCCCCAGCCGAACGGGUAGAGAUUCUAACAGGCUUGCGGUGGAUGGGUCUUUUCUCCGACAAGGCGACCUCGACCCAUGGGAAUCUGCUAGAUACGCUCUCUGCGGAGCUCGAAAAGCGCUGUAGUUUUCAGCCUGGCGAGCGUGACGUGGUGGUGCUGCAGCAUAAGUUUCUAGUGAAAUGGAAGGACGGUUCAGAGGAAACGAUCACGUCUACUCUUGAGCUCUACGGAGAUCCGAAUGGAUAUUCUGCCAUGUCAAAGUCCGUUGGAGUCACCUGUGGAAUUGCCACGCAGAUGCUGCUGGACGGAUUUCCACCCUUCCAGCAGCCCGGCGUUUUAGCACCGUAUACAGAGGAGAUCUGCGGGCCCCUGAGAGCCAAGGUUGAAGCCGAGGGCAUUAAGCUGGUGGAGAAGGUCUUGAAGAAGACCGCUUAGAUGAGUGUAACGGGGUAGGUGAUGGUUAACCUAGUGGCUUAGGACCUAGGGAGAGCUAGGUUAGCAAUUCAAUUCGUGCACUAGUGG